CCUGGGACAAUUCUUUAUCCUCACGGACUACUAGUCGAGUUAAUGGAGUGGUUUUGGCUCAUCGAAAUUUCAGAUGCAUGGUGGCCCAAAGUCAUGCGGUUUACACGAGCUGGAUGGCAGGUCACCGACUUCGUCCUUCGCACAAAAAAUUGGCCUUCUCGCUUCACCACCAUUUUGGCCUCAGAAAAGGAGAUAUUGCCUUCGUGCUUUCUCCUAACUCAAUUCACCUUUCGAUCCUUUAUUUUUAUAUCUUCUCUCUCGGUGUCGUUACCUCUUUUAAACCUGUAAUUGUGUUCGUCACAUUGAAUGCUGCUCUUACAAUUCCUAAUCUCAAAACAAUCUUACUCGACUCUUCCGAGUUUACUGUGGCUAGCUAUUUCUGUUACUUGAAUGCAUAUCCAUGUGGGAAUAAUUUCUUUAGAAGUUCCACACUGUUGAUUUUUUAGAAUCCCAACCAUGUGGUUUACAUCUGUUAUGCUCAAGCUGCUUGUAGUUAGGCGUUGAUACCGGCUAUUAACAAAUUACUAUUGGUGCACAUGGUGCUCUUUGUUGCAAUUUUCCUUUUUUUUGAGUUGGAAUAGUAAGAAUCACUCAUUUAAUAGCAUUAUGUCCACCUUGACUUCAUUGAAGUGUCAAAUGCAUCAUGCAAUUGACUAUUCUUAUAGAAAAGUUAAGCCCUGUCGGUGCUCACUCACACAUCAUAGUUUACUAGUGAGCAAUUAUAAUGCCAUAAUGCAACUGAGCAAUUGAGGAUCCUAACUAAUGAAACUAAGUGUGGUUGUUCUCCUAUAAAAUGCUCUGGUUUACUAGAGAUGUUAAAGCUACUGGCAAUAAAUAUUGCCUAGAGGAGAAUCUGGAAAAUUAGCUCUUCUCUUCAUAAUCAGUGUCUCACUAAAAGGACAUUACUGUACGGUGCAUGGAAAUGCAUGCUACAUCUAGAAUUCCUAACCUGUUGGACCUUGAUGGCCUAAAACUUAGUUUCUUUAGGCUGGGUGUUGUCCCUUAACUUAGUUUUUGCACUCUUGAGCAAUACCUGCCUGGCAGUUAUUCCUUUGUUGCUGAUGCUAGCUGUUUGUGUUCCGCCUACUGAAGUUGGUCCUUCAGGGUUUUAUAGAUCCCGGUGCAAGUGCUGAUCUUGCUGUGGUUUUAAUGCAAGAAGGACUUGCACACAUCUUACUUGUCGGUAAAAGCGUGACAGCUACUCGAUCAAGGAUAGAGACUUCAAUUCCUCGAAAGCAUGGCCCUGCCAUUGCUGGUUAUGAGUCGGCAUUGAAUAAGUUCUUUGAGCAUGUUUUACAGGCUUUCCUAAAGCAUAUUGAUUUCAGUGUCAUUCGUUGUGCGGUGAUUGCAAGCCCUGGUUUCACUAAGGAUCAGUUUCAUCGUCACUUAUUGUUAGAGGCAGAGAGGAGACAGCUGAGACCCAUUAUUGAGAACAAGUCACGCAUAGUGCAAGCUCAGGAUAUAAAUCGAUCUGGGUGUGCUUCAGAAUCAGUAAUAUCAUCAUCCAGAAUCUCAAUUGCUUCUGCAAGUAUGGUUUCUUUGACUGGUUCAAUGUUAUUUCCUGCUACUGCACCGCAUGGCUCUACUGGGUCUGCUAGAUUCUCUAUUUGGAGUACGGACACAACCUCUUCGUUCUGCUAUAAUCAGAGAAAGGUUCUCUGCGCUUGUAUGGCACCUCUGCGAAACAUAGGCAGCGAUGAAUAUCGAGCAACCAAAUUCAAUGAUUCUUAUAAAUCAAAGCAAUUAGGGACGGUAUUGGAACCAGAGGAUGAUUCUGAUGUUCUAAUUGAAGGUAAAAAUGUCUACAAGUCAUUUGGGGAUAAGGAUAUACUGAGAGGUGUCAGCUUCAAGGUCUUCCUGUUUACUUUAUUGAGCCUCAACACCCUGACAAGUUCUUUUGGAGAGGGCAGUUUUACGGAGAACAUGAUGAUUUCUAUCGUUUUUUGUUUUUCAGCCGUGCUGCACUUGAAUUGCUUCUUCAAGCUGGCAAAAAACCAGACAUAAUUCAUUGCCAUGACUAAUUUAAAAUUUGCUUCUAUAUGAAUGGGUCAUUUGAUUCUCUGUUUGGAGUUUUCUUGAAUAUUUGUUAUUUUCUUUGUGAAUGUGCAUCCAAUCCUAGAAGUCUUUCAUAUUUUAUUGAAUACGUGGGCUGCAUAACAAGAAUGGUGCCACAGAAAGGUGUACACCUUAUUAGACAUGCAAUAUACCGUACCCUAGAGUUGGGAGGACAAUUUCUACUACUUGGCUCAAGCCCAGUUGCACAUGUAUUUCUCUUUAUGCUACUGAAAAAUAUGCAAUGCUCUGUAUUUUGCAUAUAAUGUUGUCUACAAGAUUUUGAGAACAAACACACACAAGCGCGCAUGCGAACAUAUGCAUUUGGAGAAUGCAUUCCCAUGGUUGCUUCCUCCUAAAGCAUCCAAACACUAUUUCAAGGUGCUUUUAGAUGCUUAACUGGAAAACAGAAAAAGCAUCUCAAUUGACUGCCUUACUUGGAGAAUCUAAGACAGUAUUUUGCAAAAAGAAUAAAAAGUCUUGAUCACUAUGCGUAAUGGAAGUAACAUGCUUGCUAUGUGGACAAACAAAUACAUAUGCAGAUAGUUGAAUUUAUGAAAUCUACAUGUGAUUUCGUGAAUGCACACCUUUGGACAUGAGCACUGGUUUUCAUUUACUAAACUAUUAUUUUCCUACUCCUCUGUCAGUUCCAAGCUUACUCCUCUCGACAGAUACUUUUAGUUUAC